AUGGGUGGGGCCCUGGGGCCAGCCCUGCUGCUCACCUCCCUCCUCGGUGCCUGGGCAGGGCUGGGCCUGGGGCCGGGCGAGCAGGCUGUGACGGUGGCCGUAGUGUUUGGCAGCUCGGGGCCGCCCCAGGCCCAGGCCCAGGCCCGGACCCGCCUCACCCCCCAGAGCUUCCUGGACCUGCCCUUGGAGAUCCAGCCGCUCACCGUGGGGGUCAACAACACCAACCCCAGCAGCCUCCUCACCCAGAUCUGCGCGCUCCUGGGGGCGGCUCGCGUCCAUGGCAUCGUCUUUGAGGACAACGUGGGUACCGAGGCCGUGGCCCAGAUCCUCGACUUCAUCUCCUCCCAGACUCACGUGCCCAUCCUCAGCAUCAGUGGGGGCUCCGCUGUGGUCCUCACCCCCAAGGAGCCGGGCUCCGCCUUCCUGCAGCUGGGCGUGUCCCUGGAGCAGCAGCUGCAGGUGCUGUUCAAGGUGCUGGAGGAGUACGACUGGAGCGCGUUCGCCGUCAUCACCAGCCUGCACCCGGGCCACGCGCUCUUCCUCGAGGGCGUGCGCGCCGUCGCCGACGCCAGCUACCUGAGCUGGCGGCUGCUGGACGUGCUCACCCUGGAGCUGGGCCCCGGCGGGACGCGCGCGCACACCCAGCGCCUGCUGCGCCAGAUCGACGCCCCGGUGCUGGUGGCCUACUGCUCGCGCGAGGAGGCCGAGGUGCUGUUCAAGGAGGCGGCGCACGCCGGCCUGGUGGGGCCCGGGCACGUGUGGCUGGUGCCCAGCCUGGCUCUGGGCAGCACCGACGCGCCCCCCGCCGUCUUCCCCGUGGGCCUCAUCAGCGUGGUCACCGAGAGCUGGCGCCUCAGCCUGCGCCAGAAGGUCCGCGACGGCGUGGCCAUCCUGGCCCUCGGCGCCCACGGCUACCGGCGCCAGCACGGCGCCCUGCCCGCCCCGGCUGGGGACUGCCGCGGCCACCCCGGGCCGGUGAGCCCUGCCCGGGAGGCCUUCCACAGGCACCUCCUGAACGUCACCUGGGAGGGCCGGGACUUCUCCUUCAGCCCCGGCGGGUACCUGGUCCAGCCCACCAUGGUGGUGAUCGCCCUCAACCGGCACCGCCUCUGGGAGAUGGUGGGGCGCUGGGACCACGGCGUCCUCCACAUGAAGUACCCAGUGUGGCCUCGCUACAGUGCGUCCCUGCAGCCCGUGGUGGACAGCCGGCACCUGACGGUGGCCACGCUGGAAGAGCGGCCCUUUGUCAUCGUGGAGAGCCCGGACCCUGCCACCGGCGGCUGUGUGCCCAACACCGUGCCCUGCCGAAGGCAGAGCAACCACACCUUCAGCAGCGGGGACACAGCCCCCUACACCAAGCUCUGCUGCAAGGGCUUCUGCAUCGACAUCCUCAAGAAGCUGGCCAAGGUGGUCAAGUUCUCCUACGACCUGUACCUGGUGACCAAUGGCAAGCACGGCAAGAGGGUGCGCGGCGUGUGGAACGGCAUGAUCGGCGAGGUGUACUACAAGCGGGCGGACACCAUCGGCUCCCUCACCAUCAACGAGGAGCGCUCCGAGAUCGUGGACUUCUUCGGUGCCUUCGUGGAGACGGGCAUCAGCGUGAUGGUGGGAAGCAAUGGCACCGUGUCCC